UCUGCUAUCAGAAGAUGCAGUACACUAGAUGUGGUGCUUGGGACAGUAUUAGUCAUGGCAUCAGAACUAUGUAAAACAAUCUCUGAGGCAAAGCUGGAAAAGCACAAGAACUUGUUCUUAAAUUACCGAAAUCUACAUCACUUUCCUUUGGAGUUACUGAAAGAUGAGGGGCUGCAGUACUUGGAGAGACUUUAUAUGAAAAGAAAUUCCCUGACCACAUUGCCAGAAAACCUUGCACAGAAGCUUCCAAACCUCGUGGAAUUGUACCUUCAUUCAAAUAACAUAGUUGUUGUACCUGAAGCCAUUGGCUCCCUCGUUAAACUGCAGUUUCUGGACCUAAGUGAUAAUGCCCUCGAAAUCGUGUGCCCGGAGAUUGGCCGCCUGAGAUCGUUACGUCAUCUUCGUUUGGCUAACAACCAGCUGAAAUAUUUACCUGCAGAGGUCGGAGACCUGAGGGAGCUGCAGACGCUGGACAUCUCGACCAACCGGCUGAUAACGUUACCCGAAAGGCUGCACAUGUGUCUGUCGCUGCAGUACCUGACCGCAGACCGCAACCACCUGUGCUGCGUCCCCCGCCACCUCUGCCAGCUGCCCAGCCUCAACGAGCUCUCCAUGGCCGGCAACCGCCUGGCCUUCCUGCCGCUCGAUUUAGGUCGUUCUCGGGAGCUACAAUAUGUUUAUGUGGAUAACAACAUUCAUCUGAAAGGGCUUCCUUCUUAUCUGUAUAAUAAAGUCAUUGGUUGCAGUGGUUGUGGUUCUCCAAUUCAGGUUUCAGAGGUGAAACUGCUCUCUUUUUCAUCGGGUCAGUUAACUGUGUUCCUGCCAGCAGAGGUGAAAUCUAUAGGGAUGGAAACGGAUCGUGUGCUGCCGUUGCAAGAACUGGCCAUGAGGACGCUCUAUACCACCUACUACAGGCUUUUAAAAGAUUUGAACUUUCUGACUCCGAUCUCAUUACCCAAAAGCCUCUUGGAAUUGCUGCACUGUCCCUUGGGACACUGCCAUCGUUGCAGCCAGCCCAUGUUUACCAUUGUGUACCCAAAGCUCUUUACCUUGAGGGAAACUCCAAUGGCUGGAUUGCACCAAGGGAGGACAACUGUUAGCUUUGUGGCAUACUGCUGCUCCACCCAGUGUCUGCAGACUUUUGACCUACUGAGUUGAUAAACACUCAAAGCUGCUCAGGAGCCCAGCCAGCUUCAAGCCGCAUUAGCCUGCGUAGCCCGUUGGUGCUGGAAUACUGUGUGCGUGCGUGUGUGCCAAAGCAGCCGACGUGCCCGCUCGGGAACACGGAGAGGCACUUAAUUCCUGCCCUAUCAAGGUUGGAUGAACUGCAGAAACUUUUUGGAAGCAUAAAUACCAGGCUUUCACAAGCGUUAACUUCUCUCUCCUCCAAAGCAGCAUGCAAACCAAACAAAUUCACGAGUCCUGU